AUGACAGGAAUACUCGAUUUAUUAAACGCUGAUGAUGUUAUUAAUAAUACACCUCCUAAUAAAGCAUCUGGUACAAAUAAUUAUCAUAAUUUGAAUCAAGAAAAACUGCCACCAUUAUAUAAACAACAACAACAACAACAACAGCAGCAAACAUCAAUGAUCACUUCAUUAACACCACCUAGUAGUGAUUCAGAUUUAUCUUGUUCAUUACCACCUACUAGUGACUCAGAUUUAUCUUCAUCAUUACCCCCAUCCCCCCCUAAGUAUAAAAAUCAAAAUCAAAAACAACAACAAAAAUCCUCAUCAAACAACCAUAAUAAACCCUUGAUUGUUUUAAGAGAUCAAGUACCUAAAUCAAAAAUCAAUUUGAGUAUUUUAAAGUCAAGAAAUUUUGUUAAAUUGGCUAUACGUAGGAAAUAUUCAUCAAAAAAGAAGUUAUCAUCAUCAGCAACAUCCUCGUACCCAUCAAAAACACCACUCAGUAACUUAAACGAAUCAAGGCAAUCAAAGCUUCAUAUUAAAUCUUUAAAGGCAGGUAUUAAAAUUAAAUUGACUAUUUCCUCGAAUUUGUUCGAUUUAUAUCUCGGUUUAAUACCAUUUACCGACGAAAGAAAAAUCUACCCAUUGUUUAAAGAUGACGAAUCAAAGGUGAUUUUUGAAACCUUAAUGAGGAAAAACAUUGAUAAAAAAGGAAUGAUCUCAAAAGGAUUACAAUUGAUAAAUAAUAAUGUUGCUGAUUUGAGUGAAUAUUCAAAUAAAAUUAUAAAAUCAUUCACUUCUGAAUCACAUUUAAUUCCUACUUUUAACUCAUUAGAUACUGCAAUUCACUCAUUGUUUCAAGUUAAAAAUUUCACAUUAAUUAGAAUUACAAGAUCUACAACUGACGAUAUUCAUGGUAGCUGUAUAUUGAAAUUAGAAACUGCAAAACCAGGGGACUUUAAUUUAAUUGAUGAUGAAGAAAAUAGUGAUGAAAUGUUGCAUUCAUUAGGUAAAGCUGGUGAAAUUCCAAAUAAUUUGUUCUUCAAGAAGAUUAUAGCAAGACCAAGAUAUAAAAGUAAUAUGAAAAUUUAUUUUAUACCACAAGAUUUGAAUUGCUCAUUAUAUACAGAUUAUAGAAUGUUUGAAAGAGAUUUAUUUAAUGGGAUUAUUCAAAUCGAAUUUAAGAAUUUGAUGGAUGUCAAUGAUUUAGAAACUAUAAGAUUACAAGGUUAUAAUAGGAAUGUUUAUUGUACAUUCCCAGUGGAUGAUGUAUUGAGAAACUAUAAAUCAAUGUUGAUUGAAUCAAAAAAUAAUCCUCAAGAAAACAUCUUUCAACAACAACAACAACAACAACAACAACCACUACAAAUACCAUCAUAUUCAAAUCGCUCACGUCCAGUGGAUGAUGUAUUGAUUAAAAAUAAACAUCAACAAGAACAACAAAAUAUUCAUAAUAAAUUUAUACCACAAUUGCCAACUGUUACACAACAACAAAAUAUUAAUACUCAUCAACAUCAGCAAUAUCCGAUUCAACAACAAAAUCCUUAUCCAUAUCCAUAUCUGUACCCACCUCCACCUAUGAUUCAUCAUUCACAUUCUUUUCCUCCUCCACCACCUUCGCAUCAAUCUCAACAUUUGCCACAAUUUUACGCGCAUCCAUUACAACAUCCACAACCUCCAAUUGCAAAUCCUAUAUCUGCUGGUCCAGGUAUAAGUACUUUACCUAGCUUUGUUCAUUUGCCACCUCCAACAAUGAUAAUGCAACAAAAUACUACAUUUACUCCAAGAAGUUCAAUUAUAAAGGAAGAUGUAUUAAAUAUGUUACGUCCAUUCAAUGAUCGUCGUCAUUCCAACUUGAAUAAUAGUGAGUUAGUUAAUAAGAAUCAAACACGUACUGGCAAAAGUAUAACUGAAUAA